AUGGGUAUGCGCAAAGAAUGGAUUCUAUCAGAAGAAGAUAAACAAAGGAAAAAACAUAAAAUAGCAGAAAAUCGUCGUCGUCAACAAACCAAUGGACCUACUCGACAACGUCGUCGACGUACUCAUAUUUAUUCUAGAACAGAUGAAAAUAGUUCUGGUAAUGGAUCACCUCCUCCAAGAAUAAUCGAUAAUGUAACUUCAUUAAUGACUCAAUUUGAUUGGUCUAAAAUUCAACAAGUUCAAGCAGCAUAUAACGAUGCAAUUGCAUAUAAUCAAGUUGUUGGUGUACCUCUUUAUCCAGCAACACAACCAAUUCAUUCAACACUUGAAUUAAUACGAAUACCGACUUAUUUAUCAUCAUUACGUCUUAUAACAUAUUUAAGAAAAAUUCCUGAAUUUGAAUUAAUUGAUUCAGAUGAUCGUGUAAUAUUGGUUAAACAUAAUCUAUUAGCUGUUGUAUUUAUGCAUAUAGUUUUAAUUUAUGAUCCUGUUGCUGAUACAUAUCAUGAACAUAAUACACAAGAUCCUAUAUUUCAAGGAAAAGAUUGGAUUGAAAUAUUAGGUGAAGAAUUUUAUCAUGAUUUAACAGCUACAGCCAAGAAAUUAAUUCAAAUACUUGAAUAUGAUCGUGUUAUAAUUAAAUUACUUCUAUUAAUUAUUAUAUUUACGAAAGCUUUUUGUGGUUAUGAUAUUGCCCAUGAACCAUCAUUAAAUAAUAGGUUCAUUGUAUCUAACAUACAUUCUAUAACGACACAUUUAUUUACAAAUCUUAUUAAUUCAUUAUCUGCUAUACAAAGAUUAUCGUCAAAGUUGAAAGAUUUGGUACAUUCGAAUAUUAAUGCUUCACAAUUAUCUCCAUUAAUGCAAAGUGUAUUACAAAUACCAGAUGCGAGUCCAUCUAGUUGA